AUGUCAGCACAACCUUUCCUCAGAGCUCAAUCAGAAAUAAUACCUAAGAGUAGAAGUACCUUGUUCAAAGUUGCAACUGGUACUCUCCUCGGCAUUUCUGGAACACUUCUUGCCCUUAACCUACUAGGCUCUCAAGAGUAAAAUGUUAAAAAAGUUAAUCUUGCAACCUUUAAUGAGUGGGCUCCACAUGGAGAAUGUAUCUUGUUCGGGGAUUCAGGAUUUUCAGGAAGAUAAGUCAAGCUUUACGCGGGAUACAAAGGCAAUCUUGAUUCUCUCCAACCAGGUUUCAAUGAUUAACUCAGUUCAAUUCAAAUUGGAUCAGGCUUAAGAGUCUUGUUUUGCUCAAACAAUAACUGCGAAGCUUAUGAUUGGUACGAUAAAUUUGAGCUUCUUGGGCCUUAUAAUGCACCAACCCUCGCAGUUAAUGACUGGGUUAGCUAUGUUGAGGUUUAUAGCUAUGAUGAAAAGGUAGACCCAAGAGUUAUGAUAACUGGGGCUCCAAACUUUGAUAUCGACAGAUCAGGCACCUUCCCACCAGGAACAUACAUGUCUGCUGAUCUCAAGAAAAACGGUCUUGAUCUACCACCUUGGGGAAGCGCUGCGUCUAGUAUAGUGGUCCCAUAAAAUUUAAUUGCCUAUGUAUAUAAGCAAAAUUACUUGGAGGGAGAAACGUUGACUAUCAAUGGGCCUGCUAAGAUUGACCUAACUACCUACAAAGGUGGAUCUUGGAAUGAUAAUAUCGCUAGUAUGGUAGUCGCUAAAAUUACCGAUACUCCUAUCUAGAUCACGGGUAAUUGGGACAAGGUCAUAUCUUCUAAUGAUGCAAUUAGUGUCAGCGUUGAAGAAACUGCAGGAAUAGAUACUACUAAGACUAACUCUCAAGAAAUUAACGCUUCACUCACACAAGGGUUUGAAGUUGGAAGUGAUCUCGUCGGAUACAAAUAUUCAGUAAGUGCUACUGUUGGUACAGCUGUCAGUCACAGUGUAUCUUCAACAUUGAGCAAAUCAGGUACUGUUAAAAUUGAAGCUUAAUGCUCUAACCCCUAAAGAGUUAAGAUCACUCUCUGGCAAUGGAGAAUGACUGGUGUUAAGAAUGACGAACUAGUUAUGAACAUGAAAGACAAUGAAUUUAUAUGCAAGACUGGAGAAGAAUCACCAAGAUGCCCAGUUGGAUUCUGCUAGGAUGCUGAAUGCAAUACUUGCAAACCAGGAACCUAUGAGUGA